AUGUCUUCCUCUCAAUGGCUCGUCAAGGGAAAGGUCCUGGGAGUUUUUUUCAUGGUCUUGUUGCUUGUUCUUGUCCUCAAUCUUCGACCAGCGUCUGGCUCAGUUCACGAGAGAGUGCUUCAGCGAAUGUACACUAAAAGAGCAAGUAACAAUGACACCUGGCAGCCAGCAGCUGGAGUUAAAUGGCAAAUCCAGCUAUCCAACCCCGUUGAAGACAUCUCGAUGGAUGCGGAUAUCUUCGACAUCGACCUUUUCGACAACUCAGUAGACACUAUUUCCAAGAUCCACAAGAAGGGCUCUAAGGUUAUCUGCUACUUUUCCGCUGGUACAUACGAGGAUUGGCGCUCCGAUGCAGAUGACUUUAUCGACUCAGACUUUGGAAAUGACAUGGAUGACUGGCCGGGAGAAAAGUGGCUGGAUACUCAAUCAAGCAAUGUCCGCGGCAUCAUGCAAUCUCGUCUUGAUCUAGCACAGCAAAAGGGUUGUGAUGGCGUUGACCCAGACAAUAUUGAUGCAUACGGAAACGAUAGUGGCCUUGAUCUGACUGAGUCCGACGCGAUCGACUAUUUGACUUUUCUUUCAUCCGAGGCGAAAUCUCGUGGCAUGUCCAUUGGUCUGAAGAAUGGAGGCGACAUUAUCCCCUCUGUCAUUGAGCUGAUGCAGUGGUCUGUCAACGAACAGUGUGUUCAAUAUGACGAGUGUGAUGUCUAUGCUGCUUUCACCGAAGUUGGGAAGCCCGUGUUCCAUAUCGAAUAUUCUGGCGAGAUCGAUACCGACGUCGAUACCAGUAGCAAGUUAAGAGUUCGAGUGACAGAUCAGGAGAAGUUGUCUGUCUGCGAUGUUAUCAGUGCUGGGAGAUUCUCUACUGUGAUCAAGAACAUGAAAUUGGAUGCCUGGGUUGUAUACUGUUAG